GAGGACUGAUGCGAUUGGGUGUACAAAAGAAAAGAAUGGCUAUAUAAAUAAAAAACAAAGCGGGCCGUGCGUCGUAUCAAUACAGGUUCUUGUUGGCUUCUCCUUCGUUUCACGUGUUGUUGUGGUCAGUUGAAGACUAAUUUUGUGAUUUAAACUUUAAACGGAUCCCCAAAGUUGGAUGUUUAAUGAUGGAUCCCAGUGGAGAAGAUGAGGUAGGGCAUACGAAGAACGGCGAAGAAAUAUUUGAAGAUGCAGAAGAAGGCGAUUGUUUCAAUGGCAAUUGUGAAAGCAAUGGAGGUUGUUUGGAUGAAGGAGAUGCUCUGGGCAGGCCUGGCUCUCGCCCUGGAGAAAUCUACGCUCGGAUGCCCGUUCCAAAAUACGCAACACAUUACAAAAUGGACCACAAGAAACGAGGCGUUGCUCUGAUCUUUAAUCAUGAAAUGUUCGAAUGCUUUGGUUUAAAAUCCCGGGCUGGCACCAAUGAGGACUGCCGAAACCUAAGCGACUCUCUCAGAUAUCUCGGCUUCGACGUGCAAAUUUUUAAGGAUCUAUCAUACAUGGAAUUGGAAAAUCGGAUAAGAGACGUGUCUGCCAUGGAUCAUACCCAUCACGACUGUCUCUUCAUUGCUGUCCUUUCUCAUGGGGAAUCGAACAUUGUGUAUGCAAAGGACAAUGCAUACAAACCGGAUAUUUUAUGGACGUUUUUCACACCCGACAGGUGCCCAACAUUAGCAGGUAAACCGAAGAUGUUCUUUAUGCAAGCUUGCCAAGGCGAUAAACUGGAUGGCGGUGUGAAUUUAGCAAUGAGCAGAACAGAGACCGACGGAGAGAUUUUCACGUCCUACAAAAUUCCGUCCCAGGCCGAUUUUCUGAUUGUGUUCUCCACAGUUCACGGUUACUAUUCUUGGCGCAAUACCACCAAAGGGUCCUGGUUCGUUCAAGCUCUGAGCGAUGAGCUGCAGCGCAGAGCUCACGAACAGGAUCUGAUGACGAUCCUCACCUUCGUGUCUCAACGCGUAGCUGUGGACUUUGAAAGCAAUGUUCCCGACUCACCAACCAUGCACAGACAGAAGCAAAUUCCCUGUGUGAUGAGCAUGCUUACGCGGCUCAUUAAAUUCACCAUCCCCGGAGAAAUUUUGGAUAAAAAAUCCGAUGCUGCCCCUGAAAAUGACACUGCCUCAUGUUCAAGCAGUUAAAUUUUUGAUACAAUGCGAUAAACUACCUAUUGAAUGACCCAAUACCAUUUUACACUAAAAAUAUAUUUAGAGAAUACGUAUUUUUGUAUACCGUGCCAUUGUCUUUCAUGCAGACCUUUUUGUACGCCAAUUUACAAGAAUGCUUUUUUAUGCAUCUGAGCUAAAUGUAUCAAAUUUAAAUGUAAAAAUGACAGAAUAUUUUAAAAUGCUACUUUUUCCUGUUUAACUAAAGACUUUGCAAUGUAUGAAAAGGGGGAAACUUUGGUUUUUGCCAACUAUUCCUCGGGCAUUUAAUAGUGCAAUAAAAUCAUACAAAACGAAAAAAGUCCUUGAGCAUUUGGAUAGCUGGAAUUAUCCAUUAAUAUGUUGUAUGUUUUUUCUGUCAUUUGUUUAUAUUUUGACAAUUUAUCCUAGAUGCGCAUUUAUUUUUCUAGAUUAAGUCUUAAGCUAUAAUCAAGUGAUGAAUCUUUUAAAAUUCGACUGUCCUACUUACUAAUAGUGCUAGCUAUUCGCUUUUAUCAAUCGAAUUUGCAGAAGGUUCAUUAAUUUUUACAUAUCUUGGUUAUUUAGAUUAGGUACCUAUGUUUAUUGCUCAUUUUUAUUUUAGAGUAGAAAAUUAUUAUGGUAUUCCUAUUAUAUUAUACUUUAGUGAAUUUUUUUGAUAUAUUUUUAUGUAUCUACUUAUUUGCUAAUAAAUAUUCUUCAAUUA